AUGCAGGAUGAGUUGAGGGAAUUGAGCACGAAGGGGUUGUGCUUUAAAUGUGGAGAAAAGUGGGGUCAUGAUCAUGUUUGUAGACUCAAGCAUUUUACAUUAGAAUUAGAGAAGGGGGAUAAGGAAAGAGUUCCGGAGGUGGUAUUAGGGAUGGAGUGGCUGUCCAAUUUGGGGAAUGUCAAAGCCAAUUUUAGGCAUUUAACUCUUAAAUGGAAGCAAGGAGGAAAAGAAUUGGAAGUGGGAGAAGGUUAUAUGAUCAAGUAUCCGUCUAUGGAGGGCCUUGUGAGUAGUCCAGUAGCUGAAAACAAUGAGCUAAAUUACAUUACUCAGGAUGAUUUUAAGCCAGUGCUACGUGAGCUUUUAGCAACACAUCCAGGGCUGGAGUUCCUGCAGAGCACGCCUGAGUUUCAAGAGAGAUAUGCUGAAACUGUAAUAUACAGAAUCUAUUAUUACAUUAAUAGAUCUGGAAAUGGUUGUCUCACUUUGAGGGAGCUGAAACGUGGAAACAUAAUUGAUUCAAUGCAGCAUGCCGAGGAAGAAGAAGAUAUCAACAAGGUUUUGAGGUACUUCUCUUACGAGCAUUUUUAUGUUAUAUACUGCAAAUUUUGGGAGCUGGAUACAGAUCAUGAUUUCUUGAUAGACAAAGAGAAUCUUAUCAGAUAUGGUAACCAUGCGCUUACCUACCGAAUUGUUGAUAGAAUAUUUUCUCAGGUCCCAAGAAAGUUUACCAGUAAGGUUGAGGGUAAGAUGGGAUAUGAAGAUUUUGUUUACUUUAUACUUGCAGAAGAGGAUAAACCAUCUGAACCAAGUCUUGAGUAUUGGUUCAAGUGCGUUGAUUUGGAUGGAAAUGGAGUUCUGACCAGGAAUGAAUUGCAAUUUUUUUAUGAGGAGCAAUUGCAUAGGAUGGAGUGCAUGGCCCAAGAGCCUGUGCUUUUUGAGGACAUAUUGUGUCAGAUAAUUGACAUGAUUAAACCUGAGGAUGAGAGCUUUAUAACCCUGCGUGAUCUGAAAGGUGGUAAACUUUCAGGAAGUGUUUUCAAUAUCCUGUUCAAUCUCAAUAAGUUCAUGGCCUUCGAAACGCGUGAUCCAUUUUUGAUCCGUCAGGAACGAGAGAAUCCAACAUUGACAGAGUGGGAUCGAUUUGCUCAUAGAGAAUACAUCAGGCUUUCAAUGGAAGAAGACGUGGAAGAUGUCUCUAACGGAAGUGCAGAAGUCUGGGAUGAAUCACUAGAGGCUCCUUUCUAA